AUGAAUAGCACAUCUGUGCUUGCAUGCCAUUCAAUAAAUUAUUCAUCAUCUGCUAAAGAGCAGUGGGGACUAUCUGUCAUCCAUACACAUAGCAAAUCCAUCACAUACGCAGGUUGCCUAACUCAGGUGUUCUUUUUUAUUCUUUUUGGGUGUUUGGACAGUCUACUGCUGACUGUGAUGGCCUAUGACCGCUUGGUGGCCAUCUGUCACCCUCUACACUACCCUAAUAUCAUGAACCCCCGCCUCUGUGUCUUGUUGGUUCUGGUGUCAUUUUUCAUUAGCCUUCUGGACUCCCAGGUGCACUGUUUAAUGUUGUCACAGCUCACUUUUUGCACAACUGUGGAAAUUCCUCAUUUCUCUUGUGACACACCUAUGCUUGUCAAUCUUGGUCAUACAGACACCUAUAGUAAUAAUGUGUCAGUCUAUAUUAUUGGUGUCAUCUUUGCUGGUAUUCCAGUCACAGGGAUCCUGUACUCUUAUACUCAAAUUGUUUCCUCCCUGAGAGUUCCUUCAGUAAGUGGGAAGAAUAAAGCCUUCUCCACCUGUGGCUCUCACCUGUCAGUUGUUUGCUUAUUUUAUGGAACUGGCCUUGGAGUGUACCUCAGCUCAGCUGUCUCUCAUUCCUCCAGGAUUGGUGCAGUGGCCUCGGUAAUGUACAUCAUAGUCACCCCCAUGCUGAACCCCUUCAUCUAUAGCCUGAGGAACAGGGAUAUCAGGAAUGCCCUUUUGAGGAUUUACAGCAGAACUGCCUAA